GAAAACUUUGCGAAUGAAUACUUGAAUCGCAAUCAAACUUUUGGUGUCGUGUAAAUUCAGUCAAGUCAGUAGUAAAUUAUGCAUUUUUUGCAUUAACAUUUUGUUGCAAAAGCAAUUUGUCUUUUCCUGAGUGCACAUGAAAAGUCUCCACUCGUGCUUUUCUUUGAAUGUGCCAACAAUCCGUGAGCAGAUCAAUGAAAGGUAACUACAAUAGUCUGACGACCCAUUUCACUUUCCCCAUUUCUCUCCUUUAGUACUCUUGAAAGUAGUCAGUUUGCGUUCACGGCUGUCAACUUACUUUUUACUAGUAUAUGAUGGUUUACAUUUUGCCUACCAUACCUGGACAUUUGAAUUAUUAGACAAGCUAUGAAGUCGAGCACAGACCUAAGUAACUUUCCUCAUUUCAGACCAUUUCUUCAAAUAAUCUAUAAUUGCAUGCUGACGAAAAAAUUUAAAAGCGUAUUUUACAUUUUCGAAGUCCUCACAAAGCGGUUCCAUUUUUUCCCCUAUCCAUUUUAUGUUGGAACACAAUGGUCAAUUCAUAAACAAAACUACAGUUAGUACUCCUGUGACAACAUUGCGAGACGAGAAUGAUGUUAGCUUGUUGACAGGAGAGAUAGCCUCGGUAGAAGCAAGUGAAGACAGCAUGGUGACAGAGAAUUCAGAAGUCACACCGUCACAGAAAGUUGCAGGGAAAUAUGAAGCUGCAUACCUAGCAGAUGACAAAGAAACAAAGUUCUGGUUAAUUCAGGAAAGAACGAACAAACUUGUAUUCGGAUGGUCUCCAUUUCAUCAAGACAAUAUCGACGAGCUGGUUUUGGAACAGAAUGUUGACUGGGGUUUUGACAUCACUACUUCUGUUAGAAGAAACGCAUCCAGUGGAGAUAUGCAUGUCAUCGGGAAAGCCUGUGAAUUUGAACAAUUCAGCAUUGUAGGCAUGGAUGUGGGUUUUAUUUAUAAUUCCGUCGUUGACCACCGGAGCUUAACGUACGAACGCGUUACCAGAAUAAACAGCGUUAAUAUCUCUUUCUCGCCGGAAUCACCUCCAUAUUUGACGUGGGAAAAGGAAGCAAAGUCUUGUUCAGAAAGUGAUCUUAUUAUUAUCUUCAGAGGAAAUUCUAACCAACCUCUUGAGAUGCACUUCAUAUCAGAUAGUGACAAGAAGUUUUAUUUGAGAAACAAAGAGGGAAGUGAUGAGGGACGAGAAGGUGAAGAAGUACUAGUGACCACUUUACAUGGGAAAUACUUUUCUCUUCCUAAACUGGCCUCUAAAACGAUGAAGUCUCUUCAAUAGCCUGCAAUACAUGAAUUAUAGGAAGCUUCUGAAGCACCUAUGAAGGCCCAUACAUACACGCCGAUAAUUGUUGGUGUUCUCGUACUAUUUUUUAUUUUGCUGAUUUCUCUGAUUCGUCACAAAAAAUUUUGUCAUUACAAAUAAUUAGAAAAACAUUAAUACCUUUUGUACCCUCUUUUCUCGC